GCGAACAUGGAGCCUGAAGACCUGCCGUGGCCGGGCGAGCUGGAGGAGGAGGAGGAAGAGGGGGAGAAGGAAGAGGAGGAGGAAGAAAAGGCGGUGGAAGACAUCGUUGCAGUGGAGGAAGACUAUGUAGUGGAGGAAGACCAUGCGGAGGCGGAGGAAGAAGCGGUGGUAGCGGACGUAGCGGCGGAGGUCGAGCGGGCGGAGGUCGAGCGGGCGGAGGUCGAGCGGGCGGAGGUCGAGCAGGCGGAGGUAGCGGAGAAGGAGGACUCAGAGAAGUCGGACGAGACCGUGCUGGUGGAGGAGGUGGAGGAAGAGGCCAGGCCGGAGUUGGACGUGGAUUUCGACUUCGAGUUCCAGUCUCAGUCUCGUGAGAGUAUCGACGACGAGGUGGACGACGAGGAGGAGGACGAGGAGGCCAAGGCCUGGCUGCAGGCGCCCCCCGAAGCGAGUUUCUCUCCGCCCCCGCCGCCGCGGCACAGCUACCUGACGGGCGAGCGGACCAGCAGGGAGAAGAUUGUUCCACUGACCUGUAAUAUAUGGCAACAGCCAUUAUAUCAAGGCAAUGUUAGAACACAAAUUUCUGAUACCAGUUUUGUCUCAUUGGAAACAACAAGCCAGUGGAGUUCUGAGGAUGAUCAGAGAAUGGAAUCUUGGCAUGGUCUUCUACAAGAAAAAAAGUCUUCUCCUCAAAACUUGGAUACAUCCCAGACCAGGAUUAAUUUGAAAGCAGAAAGAUCUAAAGUGACCGAGUCUUCCUUUUUGGAAGAAGGUGUGUUGACCCAAUCAGAAGGCCAAGUGAAGAAAUUGAGCUCUCCACUGCUAGUAAUACAGGAUGAUGACUUUGCUACUCCUGAUUUGCCUUUGCUGACAUGUUUGACACAAGACCAGGAGUUUGGGCCUGAUUCCUUAUUUCACCAAAGUGAACUAGAUUUUGCACCUCUGAGAGGCAUUCCUGAUAAAUCUGAAGAUAUUGAAUGGUUUUCUCGACCAUCAGAAGUUAGUGAAGCUUUGCUCCAGGCUACUUCAGAAGCAUCUUCAGAUUUGGUUAACAGUUGCUUUAGUGUAUCUCAGUAUCCUCUUAUAAGUAGCACAAAUGUUGGGUCUCAGCACUCUUGUUUAUCUCCUGAACAAAAGAGUGAAGAAUAUGUUGUUAAUGACCUAAAAACCCCCAAAGACUUUGACAGUUACAAUGUUCUUUGUUCAUAUAUGUCAUGGAAGCCAGGAAAAGAUACAAAGCAGUCAGAAAACAAUUUAGCUGAUAAAGAUCAAAUUUCAGUUUCAACUUUAUCUGCCAUUAGUGAUGACAACAUAGCUACUAAGUCAAAUGACAGUUUUGAUGCUUCUUCUGAACAUGUGCAGUGUUGGAAAGAGGAAGCUUUACAGCAAGCAGAAACGUGUCUAAACAGUACAGACAACAUUUGUUUUCCACAAGAAGUUGCUACUCCUCCUCAUAGUAAAAGGUCAUAUUCUUUUCUGCGAUGUUUAUUGGAAAGACGAGGAAAAAAGGGGGCCCCUUUGGACCCUGAAAAUCAUUAUUUUGAGAAUGUUGAUUUAAGAGUUCCAGCUGAGAAUGAGGUGAAACAAAAGAUGGAUUUUUUGGAGGGAUAUGAAGGAAAUGAAGAAGAUCUGCAGAAAGAGUUGUCCCGAUAUUUUGAACAAAAUGAGAGUAGAAGUAAUUUGGCAUCUUCAGAGGUACAUCCCACAUCUCCAGAGAUGAAUUAUGCUGAGAAUGUUGUAGUUGUGGAUAAUUCUGUACGGGUUUCAGAAGCUCAUAUACUCUCCAGGGGACAUGAUAUCUCUAAGACAGAAGCUUCUAGUGGUCCUCUUCAGACAGUUGAAGUCCAGCUGGACGAGACAUCAGAGCCACUGUAUUUUGAAGAGGAAAGAAACCAAAAGGCAACUUCUAUUUUUGAGGACCUGCAUGGGAAGGCUAAGUCUGAUGUGAUUACUCUGGAUGGUGACAGUAAAUGUCGUAGCCUUGAUGAACAUGCUGUUGUGUGCUGUGAAAAAGUUGAUGAACUACAAGGAAAAACAUGUGAUCAAUAUAAUUUAGCUACUAGUGAGUAUGUUGAGCUAGCAACUUUAGAGAACUUGCUUGAUGAUCUUUGUGAGAGCUCCUUGAAUUGGCAGCCUACUUUACAAUCAUCAUCUAAGGAGAACAAACCUGUAAGUCAUUCUAAUUUGUGCAUUAAUCAGUCCUUUUCAUCUUCAUUGCCUUCAUUUGCUCCAUAUGAGCCAACUAGAGACUCGGAACAUCAUUCUUCAAAUCUGAGAAUGUUGAGGGUAUCGCCUGACACUGUAACAAAGAUUGUAGGAGAUACUACUGAAGGAGGCAAAGCUGAAAUUACUGAAUCUAAGUUGGAAUCAGUUAUCACUACCACUCCUGGAGAUUCAGACCUUGGAUCUCAUUUAUCUAUGUCCUUUGAGGAAUUAUCUCGGUUGGCUGCAAGUUCUUCUCAAGAGUAUACUAUUGGUCAGCACAUUGAUACUCUUAGUCAGAAAGCUGUGACAGAUAGUCAUUUAACUGAAGAGAAUCUGAAAGUCUCAGAUAUUUAUGAGCCAGUUGACCAGAACACUGAGAUAACAGUACCUACAACUUCUUACUUAGAUACGCAGAGGGGUGGUAAUUUAUACCAGGAGGGUUUACCAGAAGGUUAUCUAAUUGGUCAGCCACUGACAUCUGAUGACCGAAAGUCUGGGAUAGCAACAGUAUCCUCUGUUCCCUACUCACCUAGAGAUCAGCCUGGUAUUUUCUACCAGCCAGUUGAGCCAAAAGGUCACUUACCUGAAGAGACUCUAAAAUCUUCAGCUCCUCUUGGUCCUGCUGACCAGAAGACUGGGAUAUUACUUUCAACUAAAAAUUCCUACUCACAAAGAAAACACCAAGAGAGCUUGCCAGUUAGUCACCCAACUGAUUGGCCACUGACAACUUCAGCAGCUACAAAAUCACCUGACCACAUGACUGGUAUACCAGGUGUAACCUUUUCUUCUUACUCACAAAGAGAGAAACCUGGUCUUUUAUACCAGCAGCCUCUGCCAGGUAGUAACCUACCUGGAGAGACUCUGAAAGUUUCAGCCACUUUUAUUCCAGCUGUCCAGAGGACUGGCAUACCAACAGUAACCCCUACCUCCUAUUCUCAAAGUGAUAAGCCUGAUACUUUCUACCAGCGGUCUCUGCUAGGUAGCCAUCUACCUGAACAGACUGUGGAAGGUUCACUCCCUCUUACUCCAGCUGACCAGACAACUGGCAUACCAACUGUAACUGCUGUUUAUUUACAGAGAGAUUGGUCUGAUAUUUUCUUUGAACAGUCUCGAUUAGGUAGUUACCUACCUGAAGAUACUCAGAAAGCUUCUGUUACUCGUAGGCCAGCAGACCAGAAGAGCGGCAUACCAAUUGUAACUUCUGUUCCCUACUCAUACAGAGAGGAACCUGAUAAGUCCUUCCAACAAGUGUUGCCAGAGAGUCAUUUAAAUGAGGAAUCUCUGAAAACCUCAGGUAUUAUUGGGUCUGAUGACAAGAAGACCAGGAUACCUACAGUAUCUUCUGCUUUAUACUCAAAUGGAGAAAAGUCUCAUGUUUUUUAUCAUCAGGCCUUGUCAAAAAGUCAUCUAACUGAAGAGUUGCGGAAAGUUUCAGUUAGUCCUAGACCAGGUGACCAAAAGAUUGGUAUGCCAUCAGAAUUGCCUAGUUCCUACUCUCAUAGAGAGAAGCCUAGUAUUUUUUUCCAACAGACGCUGCCAGGGAGUCAUCUACUUCAAGAAGCUCUGAAAGUUGCAUCUGAUUCUGGAUCAGCUGACCAGAAUUUGGGGAUACAAGCAGUACCCUCUAGGCCUAGUGUCAUCUAUCAACAGGAGUUGCCAGAUAGUCAUCAAGUAGAAAAGUCUUUAAAAGUUGUAGUUGUUCCAGGACCAAAUGGUCAGAAGUCUGGAAUAUCAAUAGUAUCUUCUACUCCCUACUCACAGAGAGAGAAGCCUAUCAUUUUCUACCAACACACCCUUCCAGAUAGAAUUGUAGAGGCUAACAAAAUUUUAUCUGUUUCUGGAUCAGCUAAUCAAAUACCUGGUGUAUCAAUAACACCCUCUACUUCCUACUUAUGUAAAGAGAAGUCUGGUAUUUUCUAUGAGAAGAGGUUGUCACAGAGUCAUCUAACUGAAGCAACUCUGAACAUUUCAGGUGUAUCUGGAACAAGAGACCAGAAAACAGAGACACCAAUACCUUCUGCUUCCUAUUUACAGAGAGAGAAGCCUGGUAUUUUUUACCAGCAGGCUGUACCAGGUAGUCCUAUACCUAGAGACUCUCUGAAAGUUUCAGUUGUUCCUGGUCCAGCUGACCAGAAUACUGGAACACCUAUAGUUGGUAAGGAGUCCAUUAUUUUCUAUCAACAUGCUUUGCCAGGUAGCCCUCUAACUAAUGGCGCUUUGAAAGUUUCAGCUAUUUCUAGACAGGCUAAACAGAAGAUAGGGACACCCGUAGGACCUUCAGAUUCCUACUUACUUGGAGAAAAGUCCAUUUUCUACCAAGAGGGCUUGCAAGAGAGUCAUUUACAUAAAGAUCCUUUGAAAGUUUUAGUUUUUCCUGAAGAAGUUGACCAGAAGCCUGGGAUACCUCCUGUAACCUCUUCAUCCUACUCAGGUCAACAGAAAACUAUUGUUUCUUACCAACAGGAAUUGCCAGAUAGUAAUCAGACUGAAAAGAAUAUGAAUAUUUCAGUUGUUCCUAGACCAACUGACCAAAAGUCUAGGAUAUCAACAGUACCGUCUGGAAUUUCUUUACAACAAUAUUUGCCAGAUCGUAGUGAAGAAGUUUUGAAAGUUUUAGGUGUUUUUAGACCUGCUGAACAGAACACUGGAAUACAAAUAGUAACCUCUACUCCUUACUCACAUAAAGAGAAGCCCAUUAUUUCUUACCAGCAAGAGUUGCCAGAUAUUACUACAGAAGCACUGAAAGUUAUAGGUGUUCCUAGACUUGCUGAUGACAUGUCUGGGAUAUACAUAGUACCUUCUCCUGGCUACUCACAGAAAGAGGAACCUGUUAUCUCUUACCAGCCAGAGGUACCAUCUCUCAUUGAAGGAACUUUGAAAACAGGGGUUUCUGGACCUAAAGAGCUGAAGACUGGUAUACAACUAAUGACCGCUAGUCCCUACUCUCAUACAGAGAAGCCCAGUGGUUUUUCUCAGCAGGAAUUGCCAAAAAUUAGUAAAGAAGCUGCUGAUGCUUUGGUUUUUCCUGAAACAAGUGACCCCAAUAUUGGAGUACCAACAGUACCUGUAAGUUACUACUCACACAUAGAGAAGCCCAUCGUUCUCUCUCAACCAGGGUUACCAGCCAGCCAUCUCACUGAAGAGGCUCCGAAAGUUUCAGCAGUUUCUGUAUCAGCAGAACAGAAGAAACCAACAGGACCUUCUAGCUCCUCUCAGAGAGAGAAUCCCAGUGAUUUUUACCAACAGACCUUGCCAGAUGGUGAUCUAACUGAAGGGUCUCUGAAGUCUUCAACAGCUCCUGGACCAACUGAGCAGAAUAGGAGUCCUACAGUACCAAGUUCCUACUCUCAUAAAGAGAAACUCAAGAUUUCAACUGCAAAUCUACUGGAUGACCAGAAGACUGAGUUACCAACAGCUACCCAUAGUUCCUACUUACAGAGAGAGAAGCCCAAGGUUUCAACUGUGAUUGGAUCAGAUGACCAGAAGACUCCGUUGGCAGUUUUUCGUAGCUUCUAUCCUCAAAAAGUAAAGUCUGGCAUUUUCUUUCAACAGCAGUUGCCACAUAAAGAACAAAGUAAAAAUAUUUCAACUGUCCCCGAACCAACUGAUGUAAAAACUGGGAUACCAAUACCUUUACCUAGUUCUCAUUUACACCAAGAGAAAGCUAGUGUUAUUUCUUUACAGGAAUUGCCAGACAGACAUUUACCUGAAGAUGUGCUAAAGGUUUCAACAGCUCCUGAGCCAGUGGACCAGAAAACGGUGUUGCCAACAGCUUCUUCCAGUUCCUUUUCACAUAAGGAAAAAGGGAAUAGUUUCUAUCAGAAGGAUUUGCCAGAUAGACAUCAAACUGAAAAUUCUCUGAAGGGCUCAAGUGGUCUUGGGAAAGCUGAGCAAAUUACUGGAUUACCUACAGUUUCCUCUGGUACUUACUCACAUGACAAGAAGCAAGAACUUGUAUCAGAACAUGUCCAAAGACUAGCAGAUAAUUUGAAUUCUGACUCCAAUGUCAGCUCAAACAAUAUGCUUUUAAAUUCUGAAACUGAUGAUGGAGUUAUAAUAAGUAAGCCAGAAUCUCAGAGCUUUGGAGAUGUUGUCUCUGAGGAAAUCCGGGAUUCAGACAACGGUUCCAAAACGCUUAAAGAAAUUCGGACUCUCUUAAUGGAGGCAGAAAAUAUAGCUCUGAAACGAUGCAAUUUUUCUGCCCCCCUUGUCCCUUUCAGAGAUGUUAAUGAUAUUCCAUUUGUACAAUCAAAGAAGAUGGUUUGCUUCAAAGAACCCUCCAAAACUGAUGUAACUAACAAUGAAUUGUUGCAGAGACAAACAUUUACAGAGGAAAGCCCAAGUAUCAGAUGUAUACAGAAGGAUAUUGGCACACAGACAAAUUUGAAAUUCCAGAGAGGCAUUGGAAAUUGGGAGUUUAUUAGUUCAACUACACUUAGAAGUCCUCUACCGGAAGCAGAAAGCAAACCCAGAGUGUCAUUGGAUGGACCUUUUAGGCAGUAUGAAGCAGCCAGAUCUAUGAUGAGGUCUGAACCUGAAGGCUAUAAUGGAACCAUUGGGAAUAAGAUGAUUAUACCUAUGAUGACUAUCAUAAAAAAUGAUUCAAGUAGUGAUGUAAGUGAUGGAAAUGGUUCCUGCUCAUGGGACAGUAAUUUACCAGAGUCUUUGGAAUCAGUUUCUGAUGUUGUUCUAAACUUUCUUCCAUGUGUUUCACCAAAGACAAGCAUAACAGAUAGCAGAGAGGAAGAGUGUGUGUCAGACAGUGAGGAUGGUUAUGAUAGUGUAGACUCACUGGCUGCACAUGUGAAAAACCUUCUGCAGUGUGAAUCCUCAUUGAAUCACGCCAGACAAAUACUUAAAAAUGCAGAGGAAGAGGAAAGUCGGGUACGAGCACAAGCUCAAGCCUGGAAGCUGAAGUUGAAUUUAGCACAUGAUUAUGGAUACCCCAUUUCAGAAUUAAAUGAAGAUGACAGAAGGAAAGUAGAAGAGAUCAAAGCAAAGUUGUUUUGUGAAGGGAGAACAACCGACUUCUCAGAGAGUCCACGAGGAAUAGGAUGUCCACCUGAGUCUGUAUGCAGUCACAUUAUUAUUGAGAGCCAUGAAAAAGGAUGUUUCAGGACUGUGUCUACUCAACCACCACAAGUGAACAGCCACCCUUGUGUUUCUAGAUCUGUUGAACCCUCAGAAGUGAUAAGAGGACGACGUAGCCCAGCACCCUGGAGAAACAGACACAUCAACUUUUCUAAAUCACUAGAUCAGAACAACCCCCAUCUCAAAGUUUGGAAUUCCUUGCAGUUACAAAGUCAUCCCCCUUUUCAAAACCUUAUGCAUGAUGACUUCAAAAUUAGCAAGAGUUUUGGAAUGCCAUUCCGUGAAAACAUAGAUCCUUGGUUGUCAGAGAUAGAACCUGCUUUUGUGCCACCUAAGGAAGUGGAUUUUCAUUCUUCACCACAAAUACAGCCCUCAGAACCCAUGAAACAGUUUACUACUUCCAUCACUUUUUCAUCUCACCGACAUUCUAAAUGCAUUUCAGAUUCCUCUGUUUUUAAGGUUGGUGUUACUCAAGGUAGCCAGUAUACUGGAGCACCUGUGGGGGUAUUUAAUUCACAUGUCAUUGAAGAGCAAAUUUCUCCUAGAGAUCUUAAACAGAAAGCCUCUUCCCCUUCAUCAAUUAAAAAACUUAGUUAUUUACCAGAUAGAGAAAUGACUAUUUUAGCAGAAGGGAGUAGGCAAAGCCAAACAUUACCUGUUGAUUCUGAGCAUUCUCACCAAGAAGAAAAACUCUUAGAAAGAUCAGGUUUUAAAGUCAGUCAUUCUGAGCCCAGAAAUGGUACCAAUUCCAAGGAAGUUCAGCUUUCUGAUAACAAUACUCUAAUUAGCAUGGACAGACCGACUCCAGAUCUUCCUUCGCACAUUUUUCUUGAACAACGAGAGCUCUUUGAACAAAGUAAAUCUCCACAUACAGAUCACUCUGUGAGAAAACACCAUUCUCCCUCUUGUCUAAACCUUCCUCCUUGCAUUUUUCUUGAACAAAAAGAACUCUAUGAACAAAGCAAAGUCCCACAUGUAGAUCAUGAGAUGAGAGAAAGCCAUACUCCCCUUCCUCAAUGUCAGGAUUCUGUAGCUUCAGACCUUCAUUCUCCUAUUUGUCUUGAACAACAUCAGAGCAAAGCCCCAGGUGUAGAUGCCCACCGUUUCCUUUUUUCGCAAGGUCAGGAUUGUGUGGUAGAAAAGACUCAACAUAGACCUAACUCACCCAUUUCUAAUUUGAUAAAUGUUGAAGCCAAGUUCAAUAAUGUGAUAUCCCAGUCGGCCCCCGAUUACUGUCAAUUAGAAACAUCUGCAUCUACUCCACCAUCAAAUAGAAAAGCACUUUCAUGUAUUCGUAUAACUCUUUGUCCCAAGACUCCUUCCAAGUUGGAUAGUGGAACCUUAGAUAAAAGGUUUCACCUGUUGGAUCCUGCUUCUAAAACAAGGAUGAAUAGUGAGUUUAAUCGUGACCUACAAUAUAAAUCUUCGGAAUCAUUGGAACCAACCUCCAAAUUAUUGACCAGUAAACCUCUAGCACAGGAUCAAGAAUAUGUAGGUUUUCUAGGACCUAAAACUCCUCCGGACUUGCAAGCUGUACAAUCUCCUUUUCCAGAUAGUAAGACUAUUAUUCAGGACUUGAAAAACUUACCUUCUCAGAAUAGCCAGAUAGUUACCUCAAGGCAAACACAAGUGAACAUUUCAGAUUUGGAAGGAUAUUCCAAACCAGAGGAGACUCCGGUAUCAGCAGAUGGUUCACGAGAACAGAGUAAGCCUCAUUUUUCAGCCUCCUCUGGCAAAUUAUCAUCUGAUGCUGUCACUCAGAUAACAACAGAAAGUCCAGAAAAGACCAUGUUUUCAUCUGAGAUUUUUAUUAAUGCUGGCGACUGUGAAGAACCCAGUACCUCAAAGCCACCCACAGUUCCUGUGAAGUUUUCUUCAUCAUCUUCAGUGCAACAGAUUAGUCCUUCACAUGGUGCAGAUUGUCAGCCUGUACUAUUGCCAUACAAGCCAGCUGGUAGUCAGAAGAUGUACUAUGUUCCACAAUUAGAAGCAAUUCCUUCAUUUCCAGAUUGCAAAUCAUCAGACACUACCCUUGAGAGCUCACAUUCAGGAUCCAAUGAUGCUGUUGCUCCAGACUUUCCAGCUCAAGUGCUAGGCACAAGGGAUGAUAACCCCCCAGACACCGUAAAUAUUAAACAUGAAGAAGGGAUCUACAGUAAAAGAGCAGUAACUAAGGCAUCCUUCUUGGUUGGAAAAAAGCCCUUUCAGAAAGGUGAUGCAGAGGCUCCAAUUCAAGUGCCAGAGAUUCUCUCAGGUAAACAUAAAGAAGAGAUAUUUAGUCAAAGAGUUGUGACUAAGAUUGCCUGGCCUGAAGGAAAUGAAUGUUUGCAGAAAGACACUGAAGAUUCUAGUGAGACAAUCACUGCUGAGGACUCAGCUCAAAUACAAGACAAGAAGAUUGAGAACCUACCAGAAACUAAAGCCUUUAAACAGAAAGAGGAAAUCCAUAUUAAAAGGACUGUUUGUAAGGAAGCCAGGCCGAAAGAGAAAGAAUCCUUACAAAUAGAUAUUUCAGAAUCCAAGUGUCACUCAGAAUUUGAAAAUACUACUCAUUCUGUCUUCAGAUCAGCCAAAUUUUACUUUCAUCAUCCAGUGCAUCUACCAAACGAUCAAGACUUUUGUCAUGAGUCUUUGGGAAAGAGUACUCUUAUGAGGCAGUCUUGGAAAGAUUUCUUUCAGCAUCAUUCAAAUAAACUUAGAGAACCUACUUGUCUUCCUCUUUCUUAUCAAAGUGUGGACAAGACUAAGAUGGAUUACUCCAGAGGAAAGAGCCUCAGCAUCAAUAUGAAUCUGGGAGACAAUGAAGAGGCACAUGCUUCUAAAAGUCAGGCCAGAGAUAAUCUAAAAAAUAAAAGACAAAUAAAUGAUCCAAAAAAGGACCAUAAAGUUACCAAAGAACUAACAACACAGCCCACUACAAGUUUGAAUGAACUUUGGAACAAGUACCAGGAGCGACAGAAGCAACAGAAACCACAGAAGCCACUUGAUGUCAGUGACAAGAAAGAACUGUCUUUGAUAGAGCGUCUUGAUCGCCUGGCUAAACUUCUUCAGAAUCCCAUCACACAUUCUCUUCAGGUCUCAGAAAGUACACUAGAUGAUAGCAGAGGGGAACGAGACUUUAAGGAAUGGAAUAAUAAACAGCAGAAAAAAAAACUUCAGAAGCAGAAGCGCUAUAGAAGUCUAGAAAAAGGCCAUAAAAACAUAGGUGAUCUUAGAAAAAGCAAGGUAGCUUCUCAUCAGACUGGAAAGUCUAGUCAGAUUAAGAUCGAACAGAUUAAAUUUGAUAAAUAUAUUCUGAAAAAACAACCCUAUUUAAAUUAUAUUAGCAACACUUCUUCAGAUUCUAGGCCUUCAGAGGAAAGUGAGCUACUCACAGAUACUACCACCAACAUUCUUUCUACCACCACUUCUCCUCGUGACUCAGAUAUAUUAACCCAAACAGACAGAGAGGUUACUUUGCAUGAAAGGAGUAGCUCCAUUUCCACCAUUGACACUGCAAGACUGAUUCAAGCUUUUGGCCAUGAAAGAGUAUGUUUGUCACCCAGGCAAAUUAAGUUAUAUAGCAGCAUCACCAACCAACAGAGGAGAUACCUUGAGAAGCGUUGCAAGCAUACCAAGAAAGCAUUGAACAUAAGUCAUCCCCAAAUGACUUCUGAGCACACCAGAAGGAAGCACAUCCAGAUGGCAAACCACAGGAUUUCUUCUGACUCUGUUGCAUCUGCCAGUAGUUGCUUGAGCUUGGAGUCUACUCUUUGCACUGAGCAAAUAGUGCCCAUGUUCAACAAAGGCAUCCAAGCAGGUAACUUGGAGAUUUUGGAUGGUGUCAAAAAACAUACUCGUGAUGUUGGAGUGACUUUCCCAACUCCAUGUUCUAGUGAAGCCAGAUUAGAAGAGGAGAGUGAUAAGACUUCUGUGUCAGAAGAAAUAAUCAAAGAGAAAACACUCUUUGCCAGUCCUCUUGAAGACAAAAAGUUAAAGAGUAAGCAGAAUUCCUAUGAAGGAGUUUCCUGGUUUGUUCCUGUGGAAAAUGUGAAGCCUGCAACUAAGAAAGAAAACUGUCCUAAGAGUUAUGGUCCUGGUAUCUCCUGGUUUGAGCCAAUAUCCAGAACCAAACCUUGGAGAGAGCCACUGCGAGAACAGAACUGGCAGAAGCAGUGCAAGGUUGGUUGGGGAUUACAGCCAGGCCCAGGAGGAGAUGUUGGCCAAGAGCAACUGACGCCAUUCGUGAGGACAACUCUACAGGAAUCACUUCAGCUUCACAGACCUGACUUCAUCUCUCGCUCUGGAGAGCGAGUUAAGCGCCUCAAGUUAAUAGUCCAGGAAAGGAAGCUACAGAAUGUGUUUCAGAGUGAGCGGAAUGCGCUGUUCAAUGCCAUGCACCCCCUGCCUAAGAGAGUUCUUAGGAUGGUCCAGAAGAACAAACCUAUUGGGAGGAAGGAAAUGAUUCAGAGGUCUAAACGGAUUUAUGAGCAGCUUCCAGAAGUACAGAAAAAGAGAGAAGAAGAGAAGAGGAAAUCAGAAUAUAAGUCCAACCGGCUGCGAGCUCAGCUCUUCAGAAAGAAAUUGACCAGUCAACUCCUGGGAAGAAAAGUUCCGUGGGAUUAAUGUAAGAUUAUUUUCUCAGAGUCUUGGAGUUAUUUUUUUAUGAACCCGGAGAAACAUAGUCCUUAUUUUUAUGGAUCUGGUUUAAUAAAGCUUAUUCUUUGUGUUC